GAAUGUUUUAAAGUUUUUCUUCUCAUUCUUUUAAGUCAGGUUGUAGCAUGUAAACAGUUAAUUCACAUACCAGGAGAUAUAUCUCUAGGAGGUCUCUUCCCAAUGCAUGAACAGAAUGUGACGAACAGAGAAUACCCUUGUGGAGAAAUUAAGCAAGAAAAAGGAAUUCAGAGACUUGAAGCUAUGUUGUAUGCUCUCGAUGAAAUCAAUGCGUCUCCCCACCUCCUGCCUAAUAUUAGGCUCGGAGCUCUGAUUCUUGACACAUGCAGUAACCCUAGCUACGCUUUGGAACAGGCUAUGGAGUUUGUUAAGGCACAUAUGUCAUCUGGAAAUGAAACUAACUCUAGCUCCAAGUGCCCUGAAGAAGUUGAUGACCUAUUGGAGCGUAUUCCAGUGGCUGGAGUUAUUGGAGCUUCCUUUAGUGGAGUUUCUAUCAUGGUUGCAAACAUACUUAAACUGUUCCAGAUUCCGCAGAUUAGCUACGCUUCAACUUCACUUGAACUUUCAGAUAAAUCAAGAUUCGAAUAUUUCACAAGAGUAGUUCCUCCAGACAACUACCAGGCCCAAGCAAUGAUGGAGAUUGUGAAAAGAUUGGGCUGGACCUACGUUAGUACAGUUGCUGCUGAGGGUGAAUAUGGUGAGAAGGGAAUAGGUUAUUUCAUCAAGCUAGCAACUGAGGAGGGUGUCUGUGUAGCAGUAUCGGCUAAAAUCAGUAGGAACCCGACAAGAGAAGAGUUUGAAGCUGUGAUUCUUGAGUUGAUGAAGAAACCAAAAGCAAAGGCAGUAGUGCUUUUUGUAGAUGAGGAUAAAACCAGGCAUUUAUUGAGUGCUACCAUACGGCUAGGGAUUGCAGGAUAUUUUUACUGGAUAGGCUCUGACUCUUGGGGUGCAAAAGUACAUCCUGUGAAACAGCAGGAAUGGACGGCUGAAGGAGCAAUAACAAUUCUUCCAAAAAGAAAAAAUAUUCAAGGUUUUGAUGAUUAUUUUUUAUCCUUAAGACCUCCAAUGUCAAUGCAAGAGUGUUCCACAAAGUCGAAAAGGAAUAAAAUGGUAAACUGUCGGAAUCCUUGGUUCAGAGAAUACUGGUCAAAACAACACAGCUGUUCAUUUAAAGAUGCAGAAAAUCGAGGGUUUUCUGAUUUGUGCACUGGGUUAGAACGCAAGGAGUUAUACCAGCAAGAAGGCCUGGUACCAUUUGCAAUUGAUGCAGUUUACGCAAUGGCGCAUAGUCUUCAUAAUCUGAUCUUAGAACAAUGUUGCCCCAGCUUUAAUCCUUCCACAGAUAGAGCCAGAGUGCUAAAGGAAUGUUUGGCUGCUGGUGAAUUUAGAAUAUGUGGCAAGAUAUCUCCUGUUCCUACUGGAAAACUUCUUCUAGAUUAUAUCAGAAAUGUUUCAUUUACAAGUGUUCAAGGUUCUGAUAUCGGAGAUGUAAAAUUUAACAAGGAUGGGGAUGGAAUUGGCAGAUAUUCAGUUUAUCAAUAUCAACAUAUACAAAAUGGUUCAACAGGAAAAUGGGAUUAUGUGUGGUUGGGGGAGUUCGGUGAAGUUACAAACUACCACUGGGAACCCCUUCAAGAAAAUGUGCCCCCAGUAUUCCGGACUAGUUUAAGUCAAGAUCUAUAUUUUGGUCUAGAGAACUCAAAAUGGAACUUUAUACCGUCCAACACAUCAGACGAAUUGAAUUCGUCUCCUAUCCCAGAAUCUGUCUGUAGUCGACCAUGUCCGCUUGGGAUGAUAAAAAACUAUGAGAAUCCUUGCUGCUGGAGCUGUGUACUAUGUAGAGAGGAUUCAAUUCAACUAAGAGAAGAUAGAUGCUACAAAUGUCCCCAAGGUUAUGUGGCAGACCAGUUUAAGAGUUCCUGUAUCCAGCUUGAAGCAAUGUCGAUAUCUUGGAAAAAUCCCUGGUUUUUCUUUCCUCUCCUCUUCUCUCUAGUUGGAAUUAUUCUCACACUGGAGGUCGUCUUUGUGUUUAUAGUGUACAGAAGAACAACAGUUAUCAUGGCAUCAGGCCGGGAACUCUGUUUUGUUUUGUUGUUCGGUAUCCUACUUUCCUACACAGUUCCUUUUGUUCUACUUUUGGAACAAUCAAAAAUAUCCUGUGCACUUCUAAGAGGGGGUCUGGGGGUUUGCUUGAAUAUCUGCUACUCUGCUAUCUUCACAAAAACUAGCAGAAUAUCCAGGAUUUUCAACCACAAGGAUCAAUGCAAGCUGAAAUGGAUUUCUCCCAUGUCACAGAUUUGUAUUUGCUCAGGCUUGAUCAUGAUUCAGUUGAUUGGAGUAGUAACCUGGAUUAUCAUUGAUCCACCUAAUCAUGAGAUCCAUUAUAUCUACCCACCUGGGGACUAUCCCAGUGCUGUGAAGACCUGCGGUGUAUCCUUUGUAUCCAUCAUAAUAUCUCUCCUGUACAACAUUAUACUGGUUGUACUUUGCACCCUCUACGCGUUCAAAACAAGAAAAAUUCCUGAGAAUUUCAACGAGGCAAAGUAUAUUGGGUUCACGAUGUACUCAACAUGUAUAGUCUGGCUAGCCUUCAUUCCAAUAUUCUUCGGAGCUAACCACGACUACCAGGUACAGAUCUGCAGUCUUUGCAUGUGCGUCUGUCUCAGUGCCAGUGUCACACUGUGUCUUCUGUUUGGACCAAAGGUUUAUCUGGUUGUUCUCCAUCCAGAAAAGUGCGCCAGGACAUAUGCUGCAAACAAGACAAGAAAAAUGACAAGGUUCUCCCGCAGCCUGGAUACUAGCUUUUCUGCACUCAGUGAUGAGGAAAAGACAGUUUACUGAAGAGUCCUUCUACAAUGGAUACUUCACGUACAGGGUGAUCCACAAUGAAUGAGACUUCAAUUAUGGAAUUUUUUUUCCUUUCAAGGUUUUCUGCCACUGUGAACUUGUUUCUUUUUUGUCAAACCAUUUAAUAUCAAAUCAAAUUAUAAA